UCUUUGGAUUGUAUUUUCACUUGUUCCUUGUAGAUUCUCUUCUCUCAAAGGAGCUAAGAAAGGACAAUGGGAGUUCAAGGACUUUGGAAACUGCUUGAAUGCACUGGGAGACCUAUAAACCCAGAAAUGCUAGAAGGGAAGAUUCUUGCUGUUGAUAUCAGUAUUUGGUUGAACCAAGCAAUAAAAGGAGCCAGAGAUCAUCGUGGUAGUUCUAUACAAAAUGCUCACCUCCUCACUCUGUUUCAUCGACUCUGCAAGUUACUGUUUUUUCGAAUUCGGCCUGUCUUUGUUUUUGAUGGAGAGGCACCACUUCUGAAGAGACAAACCUUGGCUAAGCGAAGACAAAGAAAAGAAGUGGCGGUCAGUGAUUCCAGAAAAACUACAGAGAAACUCUUGAAAACGUUUUUGAAGAGACAAGCUAUCAAAACUGCUCUAACAGGCAAAAGCGCUGAAGCUUUGCCUAGUCUUACGCAAGUUCGCAGAGAAGGAAUUGAUGAUAUAUAUGUAUUGCCUUGUUUAGAGGAGGAAGAGAAGAAUAGCUCAGAAGAGGAAGAUGAAAAAGAAUGGCAAGUGAGAAUGAGUCAAAAGAAGAUAUUGCAGGAAGAGUUACUUGAAAAUCCUCAUUCUGUAGAUAUUGAAUCAGAAGACUUCAACAGUCUUCCUCCAGAAGUAAAACAUGAAAUCUUGACUGAUAUGAAAGAAUUUACAAAGCGAAAAAGAACAUUGUUUGAAGUAAUGCCAGAGGAGUCUGAUGACUUUUCCCAGUAUCAGCUUAGGGGUUUGCUUAAGAAAAGCAACCUCAAUCGAUGCAUAGAAAAUGUAGAAAAAGAAUUGAAUCAACAGCACUCGGGUCAAAUCCAGACACAAUAUGAAAAUGAAGGUGGUUUUGUGAAAGAAGUGGAAUCUAAGAGGGUAGUCUCUGAAGAUACUUCUCACUAUAUCCUAAUAAAAGGUAUUCAAACAAAAGAAGCUACUGAUAGAGAUGUGGAAACUAGUGCGGGACAUUCCUCAAAAAGGCUAGAGUUUACUAAAUCUGUUAAAAUAUUUAAUGAGUCUCCUGCUAAUGCAAACAUAGUUGAGUCUGAGAAGCUGCAGACAGAAAAAGAUAGCAACGUGGUUACAGCACCACCAUCUCCCCAGACUUUGCUUGCUAUUCAGGCAGCUAUGACAGAAAGCAGCUCGGAAGAAGAGCUGGGGGAUGAAGAUAAAGGACGAUUGAAUGUGGACCAACCUAGAUUAGAGGAAGGCAGUGUAUCGCCAAGAACUCUACAGGCAAUUCAGCAAGCUCUGAGAGAUGACGAUAAAAGGGAGGAAGUUGUUACCUCUAGAACUGAUGGAGUGAUAGCAGAAAGUUCAGAAGUGAAGGAUUUUCUCCUUAGUAGUUCAGAUGAGGAUGAUCAGAUUCCUACUGUUACGGAGGGAAAAAAAUUACCUACAUCUACAAUUCAUUCAUCAAAUGGAGUGAUUACGCAAGAUAUUGAAUUUGGCCAGGAGAAUCACAAAUUGGAGAAGGUUUAUGUUGCACCCAAGGACAUCAGUAUGUCCAGAAUUGAACAUUAUUCUUCUGUUGAUGGUACUAGAAAAGGAAAAAAUGAUAUAGACAAAGAAGAAAAUGGUUCCAAAAUGGACUUAAGUUCUUUGGAAGAUAAGAAUGUAAAGAAUAUAAACACGUGCAUGCAGAACUCAAGCUGUUCCCCUGCACACGCAAGUAUGCAAGCUUUGAUUCAGACUGAAACAACAAGCCUUUCUAAAAAUGAGGAAAAUCUUAAAAUUUAUAAAGACAUAGAAGAAGUCAUUUCAAACACAGAAAAUAAUGUAUCUGAGGUACAAAAGGAACUUAGCCUUUCUCCAGAAGCAGAAGGUCCUAAUGAGGAAAGAGUAGAAGGGAUAACGCAAUCUGAAGACAGUGAUUCUGAUGGAAGCUUUAUUGAAGUGGACUCUGCAGUCAGUAAUGAGCCUGAGUUUCCUACUGAGUAUGAUGAGAAACUGGGUGAUAAAACAGCACUUAAAGAAAUGGAGGAAGACAGACAUCAUAUUGUCUCCCAAGAUGAGAUAAAGGAAUCUGAUGAAGUGCACUUGGCAAACCGUCAGAAUGUUGAAAGUGAAAAUGAUGGUAAAGACGCAGGGGAUGACUGGCAAGACAUCAGUUUGGAGGAACUGGAAGAACUGGAAAGUGAUCUUUCUGCUGAACAAAAUAUGCUUCAGGCUCAAAAGCAGCAGCAGGAACGUGUUGCUGCUUCUGUUACAGGACAGAUGUUCUUGGAAAGUCAGGAGCUUCUCCGUCUGUUUGGCGUUCCAUACAUUGAAGCUCCAAUGGAAGCAGAAGCACAGUGUGCUAUCUUGGACCUUACCGAUCAGACUUCUGGGACAAUCACCGAUGACAGUGAUGUUUGGUUAUUUGGUGCACGGCAUGUUUAUAAAAAUUUCUUCAGUCAGAACAAAUACGUGGAAUAUUAUCAGUAUGUUGAUUUUCAAAACCAGCUAGGGCUGGAUCGAAGCAAGUUAAUUAAUUUGGCAUACUUGCUUGGAAGUGAUUACACUGAAGGCAUUCCAAAUGUUGGCUUUGUAACAGCAAUGGAGAUUUUAAAUGAAUUUCCUGGUCAUGGAUUGGAACCUCUCUUAAAAUUCACUGAGUGGUGGACUGAAGCUCAGAAGAAUAAGAAACUGAGACCUAAUCCACAUGAUACCAAAGUCAAGAAGAAGCUGCGGGAUCUGCAGCUUUCUUCAGGUUUCCCAAAUCCAGCAGUGGCAGAGGCGUACCUGAAGCCUGUGGUAGAUGAGUCAAGGGGUUCAUUCAUCUGGGGGAAGCCUGAUGUAGAGCAGAUCAGAGAAUUCUGUCAGGAUCACUUUGGUUGGACUAGGACAAAGAUAGAUGAAGUCCUUUUGCCUGUGCUAAAACAGCUGAACUCGCAACAGACUCAGCUUCGAAUUGAUUCGUUCUUCAGACUAGCACAACGUGAAAAACAAGCCAUUAAGAGCCAGAGACUUCGCCGAGCUGUGACUUGUCUGAAGAGAAAAGAAAAAGAGGAAGAAGCCAAUGAAAUUCAGGAGGCUACUGCAGUUAUGGAGGAUGAACUUAAGCAGCAUGAGGAAAGGAAAGGGAAAAGUACUGCAGAUCAUCAAAUGACAACACAAAUAAAGAGAAAGAAAAGUUUAGAUUCCAAAAGAGAACCUUUAUAUGGAGGUGGUUUUAUUGGGAAUUUGCAUCUUUCAGAAAACUCUAGUGACUCCUCAGUAGAGGAACUGGAAAGCAGAGAUUUAGACAAGAGCAAAAGGAGGAAAACUGUGUCUCAAAUUGAAACAGCAAACCAUAAUGAGAAAAAGGGAUACAGCAGCUCAAGUGAUGAAGAUGAAGUGGGAAACCUAGUCAUGGUGACUGCCAAACCUGUAUUUGAGGGCAAAAAGCGUAAAUCACAGAGUAAGAGAGGAAGAAAAAAGAAAAAGUCUUAAAAAAAUAAAGUCUUAAAUAAACUGUGGUG